AUGCUCCGGCAUUCAAGCUACAGCACCGAGGGAACACCCGAGGAGCCACAGAGCUCAUCAUCACCUGAUCACAGUCUCAGUCAAGAAAAUGCCGACUUUGCCACGGUAGAGAUGGAGCCAGAAAAGGGCAUCGAGGACAGAGAAAUCAUCUUGCCGCCUUCGCCACAAUCGCAACUUCAUUCACUGCCCACCUUGUAUGGGACGACGCUAGGCAAUAUCGAAUCAGAUACACGCGACAAGGACACCAGCGGCUCAGAGCGGCAUAAAAUGCCGAGUCAUCGACCCAUCUCUUUGUCUGCUGCCGAGCCAGACCUACACGCGGGUUAUUUAAAUUUGAGCAUUGGACAAGGACUUUCCUCUUCUGGGGGCCAGGAUGAAGAAGAUAUGCAAUGGCAGUCUAUUCUCGGAACUAAUACACCCCCGCCGUCGGAUGGCCACUUGGUGGGAUUCUUGUCGAUGCCUGAAUGGACCAUAUCGCCAGAGCUCGACAGCCAGUGGAAGGACUUGGCCCCGGAUAGACGACUUGAUGCCGCAGACGGGGACGGGGAGGCGGGCGACACACAACCAACAUCUCCCUCUUCUGCCUUUCACACACGUACGUGCAUAGAUGAUCUCCUUAUUAUUCAGCGAGAUUUGUACUCGUUGUCCGAAUCGAUUUGCACUGUCAACACGAGACAAACUGUGAGUAAAGCAGCUCCCAGCCAUCGACAGUCCUGCGCCGGCAACAUAGAGAAGAUGUUCUCAGCGACGGAGAGCCUCAUGCACGUCAUCCACACGAUGAAUCAGAGUGAUGGCAACACGUGCAGCCAGGGUUCCGGUGCCUGUAGAUGCUCUUCGGGGGCCGACAGAGACUGCCGCUCCGAAUCGAUCCCAAACACGUGGCGAUUAGCAGACAACUCUACCGUGCUGCUGAUUUUGAGCUGCUAUCUCCGGCUGCUGGACAUGUACGAGUCUCUUGCGCAAUUCCUGCGCCAUAGUCACCAGACCGGGUCUCCAAACUCCACCGUCAACGCACCUGGUAUUCCCAUUUUUGCCCUCGGCAACUUCAACCUGGGGACGUCUCCGGAUGCCAACAUUGGCGUGAUCCUGCACAUGGUGCUAGACAUGGUGGAUCGUCUUCAAACGGCAGUCAGUCACUGCGCCGUCAAGGCCACGGGCGACCUCAAUUGGGAAUCGGAGACGGCAUUCCGCCGAGGCCAUGCCGGCUCCUGGGGCGCCGGGUCGUCCAGGCCCUCGGGCAGAGCAGGAUACCAGGUUGACGAAGCACACGGGUGCUCUACGGGCAGGGCAACGGAAACGUUUCUCAGAGCGAUGCUCUCUGAUGUCCGCGGGCACGAGUUGGGGCUCAUCAGGAACCUUCAGGAUCUGAGACGGUCCAUCAGGGGAAGAUGGCUCGGUGCCUUGCCGUUUACUUGA